UGUCCCACCCCGAAAUAAUCUUCUCCGCCCAUUCCUGGUCCACGCCCCACAAACCGGAUUCGGGAGCGCUUCAGCUCCCAAAUCAGCGCCAGCCGCCGAACCAUCACCAGCGCCUCAAGAUCAAGGAUGAAGCCCUAUGCAGAGCCGGAGCGCCCGCCGCUGGUUUACGUCCAGGGGGUUGGCAUGAUCAAGACGUUUGCUGAUGUCUUGGAAGAGGUGAAGGACUUCCAAGUUCAUCCGGGGGACUUGCUGAUCUCCACGUAUCCAAAGUCUGGAACUACCUGGGUGAGCCAGGUCAUAGACCUGAUCUAUAAAGAAGGCAACGUGGAGAAAUGCAGCCACGAACCCAUCUACCAGCGAGUCCCUUUCUUGGAGUUUGCUGUCGAAGGAGUUCCCAAAGGCAUUGAUCUGCUCAGAAAAGCACCUCGGCCGUGUCUAAUUAAAACACACCUUCCGGUGCAAUUGCUUCCAAAAUCAUUCUGGGAAACGGAUUGCAAGAUGAUCUACGUGGCCAGAAACGCCAAAGACGUGGCUGUCUCGUAUUAUUACUUCUACCAAAUGGCAAAAGUGCAUCCUGAUCCGGGAACGUGGGACGAAUUCCUGGAGAAGUUUAUGGCUGGAGACAUCUCUUUUGGAUCCUGGUAUGACCAUGUCAAAGGCUGGUGGGACAAGAGGAAUGAACAUAAGAUGCUCUACCUUUUCUAUGAAGACUUGAAAGAGAAUCCUCAACGGGAGAUCCGAAAAGUAAUGGAAUUCCUGGAGAGGCCCCCUGAUGACCGCCUGGUCGAGAAGAUUGCUCACCACACCUCCUUCAAAGAGAUGCGCCAGAACCAAAUGGUCAAUUACACAAGCAUCCCCGCCACGAUUAUGGACCACAGUAUCUCCCCUUUCAUGAGGAAAGGAAUCACUGGCGAUUGGAAGAACAAGUUCACAGUGGCUCAAAACGAGCGCUUUGAUGCUGAUUACAAGAGGCAGAUGGAAGGAACGACCCUGCACUUCCGGACAGAGAUUUGAUCUCUCUGACUUCCCUUUUCGGAUUGUAAACUGUUUGGCACCAGGAGAACACCCCAUGUUGUCUCUGGAAGAUGCCACCAUGUGCCUUGAUGCUGUGAAGAUGAAGAUCAAGCCAAGAUGCCUUCAUGACCCCUUCAGGAAACAGCCCGUUUCCCAAAGUGCUGCAAUGUAGUUUUUCCAGCCACUGUGUAGCUUUGGGGCUGUCAAUUCUUAUCAGCCUGUCUAGAACAACAAACACAAACUAAUGUUCAGCUCAAUUUAUAGCUCAGUAGGCUGUGAAUCCUUGACCUCCCUUCCUAGACAGCAGAUGCGGGAAAGAGUUCAAGAAAAUCUGGUUGUUACAUUCCAAAAGGAACGUCUCUCUUUUUUCCUCUCUCUCUCUCUCUCUCUCUCCUCUCUAUGUCCUGCUUUGACCCUGGAGAGGCUUUUUAAAAAUAGAACGACCUGGUCUCAAAGAAGCCCACUUUUUAUAGAAUUUUAGCAAAGACAUAUAUUUUGCAUUACUUAAGCAAAGUGCACGAUGUGCACUUAAAAAAACACGUCCUAAAUCAUCAGGUUUAUACUCUGCUCAUAUCUCGUAUUCCCACCAAUAAUAAAUACCUUUAUUGAAAAGC